AUGAAAAAAAUAAUUCCUGAUUACUCAAAAUCUUCUUUUUUUAAUGAUGGCAGUAGUCUCUUUUGUAAUACUCUUACUAGGCAUUUUGACUUUACAGAAUAUGGAAUUUUCUAAAUGAAACACUUAAAUAAAUAAUCUCCAGUGACUAUUUUUAUUUCUGACUAAGUGAUCAAGAUUGUAGAAGAAGUAUAGUAUUAAUAUUAUUAGAAAUGCGAAAAAUAUAUUUUUAUUGAAAAUGCUUGCAUCAAAAAAAUAUUACAUCCAAAAACGUAAUAGUUAGGAUUUCGCUUAAGUAAAAAUGGAUAAUACGCAGAAUUUUAUGGAGAAUAUAUUGAAAUUUGGUCAUCAUUAAAAAGAUAUGUCAUUCAAGCAGAUUUUUUACUAAAAUAUAAGUUGGGAUAAAAAAUUGGAGAAGGAUAUAGCUCCUCAGUAUAUUAUUGAAAUUAUAAAGGUUUAUAAAGCUUAUAACAUUUUAAAUGGUGAAAAAUUUGCAGUGAAAAUAGUAGAUAAAUACAUGUUAUCUAGAAAUGAUAAUUUAGAAAAAUAAUAUUUGCUUAAUGAGUUAAAUAUUCUUCGUUAGAUAAAUCAUAUAAAUUUAUUAAAAUUAGAAGAAAUAUAUGAAAGUGAAGAGAAUGUUUACAUUGUAACAGAGUUAUUAGAAGGAGGAAAUCUAAAGAAUUCUAUAUUCAGAUUUAGGUUUUCAGAAGAAGAGACAAUCAUCUUAAUGUAAUAAUUGUAUCGUAGUUUGAAUUAUUUACAUUAGAUGAAAAUUUUUCAUCUUAACAUUAAAUUUGAUAACAUUUUUUUAAGAGAUUAACAAGAUCUUACUUCUGUUUGUAUCAUAAAUUUUGGAAAAGCAGAAAUUUUGAAAUCUAGCAUAACAAGUUCUAAAAUUCUCAAUCAUCAUAAUUCAAAUUAACUUUUGUCAUUUUAUAGAAAAAAAGACAUCUAUGGAAUAAGUAUAAUAAUUCUUAGUAUAUUUGGCAAAAAACUAUAUUAGGAAAGUUAAAUGGUUGAUGAAUUAUUAAUGAAAAAUUAUGACUGUGUUAGCUAUAUAGAAUACAUGAAUCUUUUACCACCUCUUUAGCAAUUCUUUGAAAUUUUAUUUACAGAAAAAGGAAGAUCUUUAAUUGAUACAUUAACUUGUCAAGACAUUUUAAACCUAGAAGUUUUCAAAAUAAAAUUAGAAAGGAGAUAAUCAAAAAAUGUUUAAGUAUUACAAAUACAAACUUUUGAUUAAAAAAGAUAAUCUAGAUUUUUACCAAGACCAUCUCAAAAAGGCCAUCUUUAGCUUUCCUAACUUUAAAAAAACUAAAAAUUACCAAAUAUAAAUGACUCUAGUGAUAAUAAGAUCAAAUAAAAUUAAUCUUACAGCCCUUAAACAGAAAACUAUCUUUCUCAUAGGUUGAUUAAUGAAUGCAAAAUCAAUAAUUAUACACCAAGAUAAAGUAUCUUAAGAAAAUUAUUAAGUCCCAAUGUUUGA